AUGCGCGCACAACAACGCGCGCGAGUGAUCGACGUCCCGCCUCAAAGCAUCGACCACUUCGAUGGCACAACAAGCACCACCGCUGAAACAGCGAUUAAAACGCUGCUUUCGAAGAAAAAUCCUAGUGGCACUAUUUUUCCACAAAUCUUAUGCAAGUGGACCUCAAGCAAUUGCCACUCUCCAUUCCGCUUUGUCCCCGUUAAGACAUCGGUCUACUGUACAUUGUCCAAGAUGUGGCGUCGCUUCGGUCUGUUGUGCUUCCUCCUGGGCGCGCCCCUGAGUACUGCUGCCAGUGCCGCGCGCCUGCAAAUGAUGGUUUCCAAGGAGACGAAUUCGGGAUCGGGGGCCAAUCAAGCCACCAUUACGGCUGCGUCCACCGCCUCCUCUGACGCCAACGGUGGCUGGCACAUGAAGCCCGUCACCUCGAUCCAGGCCCGUGUGCAGGGUGACGCCCCCGUCUGGAGCGAGGAGGCGCAGAUGUGGUUAUCGAAGUUCGGUGAUACCACGGAGGCUGCCUACGUGAACAAUCUGGACACGGUCAACACUGCGUCAGUCGAGGGAGCGCUGAUGUUCGUGCAGGCCGAAGGUAUCAACGUCAAUGAGCAGUCGGUCAAGUGCCAGCGCAAGAACAACAUGCAGUAUGUGGUCUUUUACGAGAUCACGAUCGUGCAGCCGACGUACGGUAUCAAAUACUACGAGAGCCACACGCCUCCGGAGUAUGGCGAGUUCGUGGCCAUGGACGGCGCCAAGUGCACGGACGAGGGCAGCGAUCUUCCGGAGGCCUGCAAGGUUUACUAUGGUCUGGAUGGGGAGAUGGACAUUGGUCCGAUGGUGGGCAGCAACCUGCAGACGUCGGACCCGCGUGCUCCGUACCCUGGCAACUACUGGUUCUCAUUCCCGAACUCGUGCGCUCAGGAGCUGCGUGCCGAUAAGACGGACGAGUGCCGUGCCGAGUACCCGGGCGGGCUUUGUCCUAUGGGCGUCCAGCCUGACGGUGACAGCUGUACGUUCAGCUACAAGAUCUUGGGCUACCUGAACAUUGACGACCUGGUCGGAAUCACGGAGAUGGGCUACAGCACCUACAAGGAGUUCUGCGAGGACGGCGGUGUGGAAUUCAAGGCUUCAAACACUGGCAGUGGCUUCGAGGUGGACGAAUCGAUCGACUUCUGGAAGAAACCUGGAGAUGAAGAGGCUAACGCAAAACGUACCAAGAAAAUGGUGGAAAUGUACAACGAGCUGGCCAGCAAUGGCACUAGUGCCAACAUGUCGCCUCUUCCUUCUAUUGACACCCUGACGUCUGCCAACCCCAAGUGCGAAGAGAAUAGCCCCAAGUGCGCAAGUGCUUCGAACGGCUGUGCGCGCUCUCUGUACUCUCAGAUUUGCAUGGUCUGUUCGUCGAGCGACAACUGCGAGGUCGCCUCCUCGGCGUUCCCCGACCUGACGCUUCCUUCCAACUCGUCCUCUUCCUCGUCGGAGGACGGCUCCUCAGACAGCUCAACUGAUGCCGGCGACUCGAGUACUGACUCGAAAACGGGCAGCGCCAAUGCGCUGUCGGACGACAGCAACAGCAAGACGAGCAGCAGCCGCAGCAGCAGCAGCAGCAGCAGCAGUGCCGCCUCCACAACGAAGGUGUCGGCUGUUGCGGCUUUUGCGGCUCUUGUCGUCAGCAGUCUGCUGUAAGGUUACAUGUACGCUAAACAUCUCCGUGUCCAUAGCGAAGCGCAAAACCAGGGUUUUAUCCAAUACAACUGACACAUGAGCAAGUAUUA